AUGAGGCCAAUUUUUGAUCAAAAAACUGUUAAAAAUGUAGGUUAAUAUAGAAAUUUUAAAUUUUUUUAAAAUUUUUUAUUUAAAAAAACUUAAAUUUUAAAAAUUUUUUAAAAUUAAAAGAGAAAUUUUUAGAAAUGUGAAGAAAUUCAACCGAAAUUUGAACAAUUACUUGGAGGUAGUAAUGUAACAUCCGUUCACAGUAAAUGUCAACAGUUUUCUUGUGAUGAAGGACAUUUUACGUGAGUUUUUUGACAAGAACUUUCUUUACACAGCAUUAAAUGGCAAGAACUUUCUUUACAAAACAUUAAAUGGCAAGAACUUUCUUUACAAACCAAAAAAUGGCAAGGACUUUCUUUACAAACCAAAAAAUGGCAAGAACUUUCUUUGCACAAUAGAAAAUGGCAAGGAAUUUCUUUACAAAUCACAAAAUGCAAGGACUUUUUUUACAAAACGAAAAAUGGCAAGAACUUUCUUUACAAUCUUUAAAAAGUCAUUUUUAAUUUUCAGACUAUCAGUACCAUCCCUAGUACUAUCACCAUCAUCCACAGAUCAAGUAUCAGCUAUUGUAAGGUUAUGCAAUGAAAACAGAGUACCAUUAGUACCAAGAGGCACUGGUACUGGGCUAGAAGGUGGGGCAAUUCCAGUAGCUGGUGGUGUUGUUCUGGAGUUCAGUGGCAUGAACAACGUAUUGGAAGUGAAUGAAGUGGACUUUGAUUGCACUGUGCAGCCAGGAGUCAGCCGGCUGGCACUAAAUCAGAGACUUCGCGAUAGUGGAUUGUUUUUUAGUGUGGGUAUGGUAGUUUUUGAAAAAUUGAGAUUUUUUAAGGUUUUGUGUUUUGUAAAGAAAGUUCUUGCAAUUUUUUGUUUUGUAAAGAAAGUUCUUUUCAUUUAAUGUUUUGUAAAGAAAGUUCUUGCUAUUUCAUGUUUUGUAAAGAAAGUUCUUGUCAUUUUGAUUGUAUGAAUGAAUAUUUAGAGGUUUAACAGUCAAUUAAAAAAAAAUUUAUUAUUUGACGAAAUGUCACAAUUAUUAUCGAUUUUUUGACGAAGUGUCACAAAGCUGAUUGGCUGUCGAAAAUUGCAAUUAAAUUUUUUGCCAUUUUUUUAAAAGAAAGUUCUUGCCAAUUUUUAGUUUGUAAAGAAAGUUCUUGCCAAUUUUCAGCUUGUAAAGAAAGUUCUUGCCAAUUUUCAGCUUGUAAAGAAAGUUCUUGCCAUUUCUGUUUUGUAAAGAAAGUUAUUGCCAUUUUUCGAUUUGUAAAGAAAGUUCUUGCCAUUUUUUGAUUUGUUUAUUUCAGACCCCGGUGCCGACGCCUCAGUCUGUGGUAUGGUAGCAACUAGUGCCAGCGGUACCACCUCUCUCAAGUACGGAACAAUGAAGCAGAACGUUAAGAAUUUGGAAGUAGUUCUGGCCACCGGUCGUAUUUUACAUACCAAGGGCGCGGGUCGUCGACCAUGGAAGUCGUCGGCCGGCUAUAACUUGACUGAACUGUUUAUUGGAUCGGAAGGAACGUUGGGUGUGAUUACGGAAGCCACUGUGAAUUUACACCCACGGCCUCUGGCUGUUGGGGCUGUGGUUUGUGGAUUUGAAAGGUUGGAUGAUGCUGUGGAAAGUGUGGUACAGCUGCGACAAAUGGGACUUAGUUUGGCUAGAUUGGGUAGGUUUGACGUUUUUUUUGGAUUGUAAAAAAAGUUCUUGCCAUUUUUUGCUAUGUAAAGAAAGUUCUUGCUAUUUUUUGAUUUGUAAAGAAAGUUCUUGCCAUUUUUUGUAUUGUAAAGAAAGUUCUUGCAGCUUUUUGUAUUUAUUCGAUCUGGCACCCUGCGGGUGACAAGUUAUACGAUGAAUAUAUAAAUUAUGUUGUUAUUCAAGUUGUAAAGAAAGUUUUUGCUAUUUUUUGUUUGUAAAGAAAUUUUUUGCCAUUUUUUUUCAAAUUUAAAUUUUAGAAUUUUUGGACAAAGCUCAAAUGCAAAACUGCAUUGACUAUAGUAAACUGGAUGACAUGUUGCCAUUACCAACUAUCUUUUUGGAAUUUCAUUGUCAAACCGAAGAAGAUGUACAAGGACAAAUCAAGUUGGCUGGUAAGUAAAGGAAGGUUUAGUUGUAAGUGGACGUUCUUUUUUGAUUGGGGUGGCUAGGGUGGUAAGAAGGCUAGGGUAGGGUAAGUCUGGGAGAGAAGGAGAGACGAGUAAGAAAGUAUUUUUGCAAGGUAGGCAGGCUAACGCAUAGAAGAACGGGCUAUGUUUGGCUAGGGUAGAAUAGCGUAGGCCACAAGAGAGCUGGGUAGGGGAGGGCAGGACAGGACAGGACAGGGUAGAGAAAAGCAGUGUUGAAUAGUUGGGUAGGGUAAUUUAAUGUGGGCACGGUACGGUAGAAUAGAUUUAAGUAGGGUAGGGUAGGGUAGGGUAGGGUAGGGUAGGGUAGGGUAGGGUAGAGUACGGUGCGGUACGGUACGGUAGGGUAGAGUAAGGUAGGGUACGAUACGGUACGGUAGAGUACAGUAGGAGUUCGGUUUCCAAAAUUAAAGAAAUUUUUAAAUUCCAGAAGAAAUUUGCAUAUCAAAUUCCUCGUCAAACUUCAAUUCAUCUUCCUCUCACGAUGAAAUUCAGAAGCUAUGGAAAGCACGUCACAAUGCUUAUUAUGCAACAUUGGCUAAUCGUCCAGGUGCCAAAGGCUUUACAACUGACGUAUGUGUACCAUUAAGCAAACUGGUACAAGUUUUAAAAGAGACUGAGGUUAGGUUAGGACAACUGGGACUUAAUGGUGCUAUUGUUGGGCAUGUUGGAGAAGGCAACUUUCAUUGUAUCAUACCGACGUUUGAAGAUAAUAGAGAGGAACAUACGGCAGUAAUGCAGUUCUCAGAUUGGCUGGUUCAGUGAGUUAUUGAGUUUUUGGGUGUGGAAAGAAAGUUCUUGCCAUUUUUUGUUUUGUAAAUAAAGUUCUUGCAAUUUUGAUUGAAAAAAUGAAUUUUUUUAAGUUUUAGGGGUUCAACAGUCAAGAGAAAAUAAUUUUUCAUCAUUUGACGAAAUGCCACAAAAAUUAUCGAUUUUUUGACGAAGUGUCGCAAGGCUGAUUGGCUGUCGAAAAUUGCAAUUUUAUGUUUUUGUAACAAAAGUUCUUGCUAUUUUUUGUUUUGUAAAGAAAGUUUUUGCCGUUUUAUGCUUUGUAAAGAAAGUUUUAGCCCUUUUUUGUUUUGUAAAGAAAGUUCUUGCUAUUUUUUGUUUUGUAAAGAAAGUUUUUGCCGUUUUAUGCUUUGUAAAGAAAGUUUUAGCCCUUUUUUGUUUUGUAAAGAAAAUUCUUGACAUUUUUAUCUUGUAAACAAAGUUCUUGUCAUUUCAAGCCUUAUAAACCAAGUUUCUGCCAUUUCAGAACAGCUCUAGCAGUCGGCGGUACUUGUACUGGAGAGCACGGUAUUGGAUUGGGCAAAAAACGCUAUAUGGCCGACGAAUUCGGCUCAGUAGGCUUGGAUGUAAUGAAGCUAAUGAAGACAUCCUUGGAUCCCAACAAUAUUCUCAACCCAGGGAAAAUAUUUGAAUAA